CUCAGCUUCGCGCAUGUGCAGUAGAGAGUGGCGCGAGCCCGCGGCUUCCGGCCGGAGAGCAUGAUGCAAGGGGAGCCAAACCCUAGUGCUUCCCUUAUUGACAGGACCAUCAAGAUGAGAAAAGAAACUGAGGCCAGGAAAGUGGUUUUAGCCUGGGGACUCUUAAAUGUAUCUAUGGCUGGAAUGAUAUACACUGAAAUGACUGGAAAGUUGAUUAGUUCAUAUUAUAAUGUGACAUAUUGGCCCCUCUGGUAUAUUGAGUUUGCCCUUGCAUCUCUUUUCAGCCUUAAUGCCUUAUUUGAUUUUUGGAAAUAUUUCAAAUAUACUGUGGCACCAACAAGUCUGGUUGUUAGCCCUGGACAGCGAACACUUUUAGGGUUGAAAACAGCUGUUGUACAGACUACUCCUCCGCAUGACCUGACAGCAGCACAAAUCCCUCCCUCUCCACCUUCCCUUUCAACUCAGGGUCAGAGUGUAUUGAGUUAUAGCCCAUCCCGUUCACCCAGCACCAGUCCCAAGUUCACUACCAGCUGUAUGACUGGAUACAGCCCUCAACUACAAGGUCUGUCCUCAGGUGGUAGUGGUUCUUACAGCCCUGGAGUGACCUACUCACCCAUCAGUGGUUAUAAUAAGUUGGUGAGCUUUAGUCCCUCUCCUCCUCCAUACCCUGCCACUGUUGGACCAGUAGAGAGCAGUGGGUUGAGAUCUCGCUACCGUUCUUCUCCCACUGUCUAUAACUCACCUACUGACAAAGAAGACUACAUGACAGACCUACGGACUUUGGACACUUUUCUUAGGGGUGAAGAAGAGAAACAGCAUAGGGUUAAGCUGGGGAGUCCAGAUUCCACAUCUCCCUCAAGCAGUCCUACUUUCUGGAACUACAGUCGUUCUGUGGGGGAUUAUGCGCAAACUCUGAAGAAGUUUCAGUAUCAGCUUGCCUGUAGAUCUCAGGCCCCAUGUGCUAACAAAGAUGAAGCCGAUCUCAGUUCUAAACAAGCUGCAGAAGAGGUAUGGGCAAGAGUGACUAUGAAUAGACAACUUCUUGAUCAUAUGGAUUCAUGGACAGCUAAGUUUAGAAAUUGGAUCAAUGAGACAAUAUUAGUGCCGCUUGUACAAGAGAUUGAGUCUGUCAGCACACAGAUGAGACGAAUGGGCUGUCCAGAGCUACAAAUAGGAGAGGCUAGUAUUACUAGCUUGAAACAAGCUGCCUUGGUCAAAGCACCUCUCAUUCCGACUCUGAAUACAAUCGUGCAGUAUCUAGACCUUACACCAAAUCAGGAAUACUUGUUUGAAAGGAUCAAAGAGCUUUCUCAGGGAGGUUGCAUGAGCUCAUUCCGAUGGAAUAGAGGUGGAGACUUCAAAGGACGAAAGUGGGACACAGACCUGCCCACUGAUUCUGCUGGCAGAAAUAAUAUGUUUCAUACGCUGUUAAUGUUUCUCUACAUCAUAAAGACCAAAGAGUCAGGAAUGCUCGGGAGAGUUAAUCUUGGUCUGUCUGGCGUGAAUAUUUUGUGGAUUUUUGGCGAAUAGUGGGUCAUUUAAUUCCAAACAUUUGGACUUUUGUUUCACUGAAUGAGAAGUUGAAUCUAAGCAACUCUGAGUCAUUUAUUUCUAUGAAAUAAGAUACACAUGUGUAUAUCUUACAGACUCUUCAGAUUUAACGACAAAAUGGCUAUUAUGAAUCUCCUUUGCAAAUGGGUACUGUAUCUUCUACACCAAGAGAAGAUUUUCCAGCUUCAAUUUUCCAGCACGUUUCAGAAAUGUCAGUUUACUUUAGGUUUUUAUUGACCCAAAUCAGUGCCAUUCCUUCUUAGAGUCCUUUUUCAUUGUAUCCCUCAACAGAGAGUCAUCUACCUGACUCCUCCACCACAAAAAGUGUUUUUUUACCUCAUGUUAUGUAGUAGUGUGAAGUACUUAGAAAGAAAAUUGCUUAGUUUUUUUUUUUACUCUAUUUCCCCAGUGUUCUGUAAGUCAGCCCAAAGGCCAUAUUGAAAGAAAUGAGGCUAACUCCUAAGUAAUAUAUUAAGUUCAUGGAUGUUUAUAAAUGUUACUAAAGAAGCUUGACAGUGUGGGCAUUUGAGAAGUCAACUCUUAGAUUAAAUUUAGCUGGUAGAAUUAAUCUAUUUGGGUUUUAGGUAAGAGUCUGAGGCUAUGAAGAGAACGUUUUACUGCUUCAAUUUUAGCAACUCAGUUUCACUGUUUUAUGAUACUGUGUUAUUUUUAGAGUUCCCUUUACGAUCAUAGUGAUAUCCAUUUAAAUUUUUUAGAUAUAUUCAAAAUAUCUGAAGAGUGAGAAGUUAACAAAUUUGUAAGUUUCACUUGCCUCUCUGCCUUUAUUUUCUGUAUAUGUGUAUAGUAGCCAGAAUUACAUACAUUUUCUUGAUCAACAUACUAGAGACUGCUUUCAUCACCUCAUGAAAAGCUGGAAACAGCUAAAACCAGUAUCUUCUGAAAAAGUGCACGUCGGUAUUAUAUAUGCAUCCCAUUUUGUGUAAUUUAUAAGUUCCAUUGUUCAAAAAGUUCUUCUGUUUUUAAAAGUUGAUGUCCAAAGGAAAGCCACUCCCUAUCUCUUAACUGCUUUUGGUAUAUGCUAAAUGUAUUUGCUGUUAUGUUUUGGGGAAAAAAAAAUCUGUUAUUUCAAAAGUUAUUGAGAUGUCAUGGAGUAACAAUUGCUAUACUGUUAAACUGGUGUACAGCUGCAUAUACUUUAUUAAAAGCAUC